GGUACUUACGCAUGCGCGACUUCGACCUCGUGAGAAAAUUCCGACACCAACAUCAAUGGAGGGAAGUCGUCUGGAUCGCACUCCAGUUUUAAGAAAUUCUCUUCUCUUAUGUUAUGAUCAAAAAAUACGUUUACAUUAGGUGAUACUUUAACAUUCCAGUUUGUGUAGUUAUAUAUAGUGCAACAAUGUCGUCUGAUGAAGAGAUGCAUGAUUCACCGCUGGAGUCUCCGAUCAGUUCACCGACCCCAGAUGACAGACAAAAAUGUAGAUCAUGUCGGGAAAAGAUGAAACUGCCUGUGGUUUUGAGUUGUCUUCAUGUGUACUGUUUAAAGUGUUUAGAAAAACAGGUUGAAGAAAAGUGUCAGGAUGAUGACUGUAAACAGAGUGUUAUUGAGUGUGAGCAGUGUCAACAGGAAACACCUAUACCAGCUAAAGGCCUGUCUGACCUCCUUCCUGAGUAUGUGUUAACUGACCUGAUUGAGAUGUCCGAUAUUGAAGACUCUCAGAUAGUCUGUACCAGCUGCAAAGCUAAAGAACAUGCAGAAGCAAGAUGUCAAGAUUGUGCCAAUUUCCUGUGUCCGAACUGUAUUAUAGCUCAUCAGUUUAUGAGGUGUUUUGAAAACCACAAGGUAAUUACAUUUGAGGAAAUGAAGAAAGGCAACACAUCUGCUGUGCACAGACCUAUUUUUUGUACUGUGCAUCUAACAGAAAAUCUGAAGAACUACUGCAAGACUUGUGAGGUACCAAUAUGUAAUGACUGUAUUGUAUCAGACCACAAACCCCCGGAACAUCAGCCGGAGAGAGUUCAAGAUUUGGAGGAGAAAGAGAGAGAAUAUUUGAAGAGUAUUAUAACAGAGAGUAAGAGUAAGAUAGCUUCGUGUGAAGAGGCUACAGGCACAUUGAUGAGUUCUCUGACAGAGCUUCAGAGUCAGAGGGACAAUGCUAAAGACUUGAUAAAUGAGACAUUCCAAAGUUAUAAAGCUAUCUUGGAAAAAAGAAAGGAUGAUUUACUCUCCGAACUGGACACUUUACAAUCCAGUAAGGAACUGUCGUUAAUGGAACUAUGUCACAGUGUUGAAAAAGCCACAGAGAAGCUAGAAGAUGGCUGUAGCUUCACAGAACAUGUUCUAAACAAUGGUAGUGCUCUACAGUUACUCCUCAUGAAGAAAACAAUUUCGAGCCAGCUGUUAUCCUUGAUUAAUAACACACCCAAUCCUGAUGUUAAUGUUCAUAUUGACUUUAAAACAAAUAGUUCUGAGUUUGAAGAGGCCGUAAAGAAAACGUUUGGAAGUUUCAAGAAAGAAGAGGACAUUAAAACUGGUCCAUGUGCAUUGCCAGAGCGACCAUUGUCAUCACUGCAUUCUUCCUUUGAGAAUGAAGGUUUCAAUCUGCACUCAGGCAUUCUUAGUCCCGAUACAACAAUUAUGCCACCAGUUCAUAAUGACUUUAUGAAUAUGACACCAAGUAUUACACCAGGCACUAUCGGAGAAUUCAGUUUCCCCCACAGCUUUUCUAACAUGCCACCAAGCGCUAUACCUAUUGGUCGCAGCAGGUCUACUAUUGAAAGUCGAAGUCAUGACAGCCGGAGUCAUUCACGUAAUUCACACAGUCCUGCUAUGUCAGACAGUGGAAUUUCUGUGGAUGCCGGUAGCACAAACAGCAACUCAAGUGCUCCGCUGGUGAACAUCGCAGCUCUGGCCAAGCUUGGAACAGUUGGUUACAGUGCCCAAGGUAUGGGCGGUUGUAGCGGGCUCGCUGAUUUAAUGCCAUCAGCUCCAGAAAACAGUCAAGUCACCAUUAAUGGACAUGUUGUGCCAGGAUUGAACAUGAGCAACAUUUCUGGUAUGCCACCAGUUUCUAGCCGUGGUCCAACCCCUAUAUCUGAAGUAGGUAUGCCAUCAAAUAACAGACCACAAACACCCAAUCUUGAGACAUUGGCUGGCCUGUUGAAUCGUAAUAAUUCGAGUGUGUUGGAUACUGGAAAUAUGGAGGCUUUGGGAACUUUUGGACUUGGUGCAAGUGGAGGAAACAUAACACCUAAUACUGGGACUCUUACACCAACUUAUGAUGAUAUAACUACUGUAGGUGGGCUAAGUGACAGCACAAGUUCAAUGAACACGAUUGGUUCAAACCAGAGUGGCAUGAUGAAUAUGACAACAGGACCACCUGUCAGAAGAGCCAACAAAAUGAGUGCUAUGCAGAUCAGGUGUAAAUUUGGUCAGCUUGGACCUGGAAAAGGUCAGUUUAACUCGCCUCAUGGCUUCUGUCUUGGUAGUGAGGAAGACAUCAUAGUUGCGGACACAAACAACCACCGUGUGCAGGUGUUUGAAAAGACUGGCGAAUUCAAAUAUCAGUUUGGAAUACCAGGUCGAGAGGAGGGUCAACUAUGGUACCCAAGGAAAGUUGCUGUGAUGAGAAACUCUGGAAAAUUCAUUGUGUGUGACAGAGGCAACGAAAGAUCAAGGAUGCAGAUUUUCACUAAGAACGGACACUUUGUGAAGAAGAUUGCAAUCCGUUACAUUGAUAUUGUUGCUGGUCUUGCCAUCACAAGCCAAGGUAACAUUGUGGCUGUUGACAGUGUAUCACCCACAGUGUUUGUUAUCAGUGAAGGUGGGGAGCUGAUCAAAUGGUUUGACUGCAGUGACUAUAUGAGGGAACCGUCAGAUAUUGCCAUUAGUGGCAAAGAGUACUUUGUUUGUGAUUUCAAGGGCCACUGUGUGGUUGUGUUCAAUGAGGAGGGUCACUUUCAGCGUCGUAUUGGAUGUGAGAACAUCACCAACUACCCUAAUGGUAUCGACAUCAGCGAUGCAGGAGAUGUUUUGGUUGGCGAUAGUCAUGGUAACCGGUUCCAUGUGGCCGUGUUCCAGCGCGAUGGUUCCCUUAUUGGAGAGUUUGAAUGCCCAUAUGUAAAAGUAAGCCGAUGCUGUGGGCUGAAGAUAACAUCGGAAGGUUAUGUUGUCACACUGGCCAAGAAUAAUCAUCAUGUGCUGGUAUUGAACACCCUUUAUAUCAGCUAAGCUGAGUUUGAGUCUACAUUGAAGAAAGUCUAGGAUAGAAAAAGCUUCCUACUUAAAAAUAUUUCAAGUCAACUUUGAUACAUACAUGUACCCAUUUUUAUGGUGGCAUUUUGUAACAGACAUAAGUAACCUUAUCAAUUUAUUUAUGUUACAUAAUUUUAAAGUAUAAGCGAAUCCUUUGCUGUGAUUGGCCACUAACUUGCUAGAUAAAUCUUGGAUUGUUAUGAUUUUUUUGUUUGUUAAGUUAACAGAUGCAAAGAUAGGAUCUGGCUUCACUGUAGUGGGUUUUGCUGCCGUGAUGCUCUAUCUUUGUGAGAAAAAAAGACACUAAAAUUCUUAUAUAAGCUAACUUUGUGACAUACAUAUGCAGAUAUCCGGUUAUUUUGUAUCCAAAGUUUGAAAAAACAGUAUACAUAUAUACAUAGUGUUUAUUUUACUUAGAUUCAAUAUUCAUAUAGUUGCUUACAUGAGUACAAAUCCUUGGGGAAUCAUAACUUUUUUUUGAGAUGGAUCAAUGGCUGAUAUGCUUCUGUGUGUGAUACAUAUAUCAUUACAAAUUUCAGUAUUCAGUAUAUGAUAUAUACAUUUAAUUUACUUAAUAAAAAAAAGAAA